AACACUAUUGUUGCGUUUCACAACUGUCAGAUAGCGCUAUUCGUCACAUAAAGUCCAUCAUAAGUUAUAUGUCGGAUGAAGUGGCAAAUAGCACAAUUUAUCUGAAACAUAAGUGUGUUUGACUGAUGUCAGACAAGAAAACGUUGUGAUUCAAUAAUAUGAUGGACGUUUUUGAAACUCUUGAAGAUGAGUUUGAUGAAUACUUUGAUCGCAUCACAACACCGCGCAGGAAUCCCGUAUUUCAGAAUAGAACCAACUAUAUGGAGACAUUGGACGAAACGGACUUUAGGACACGGUUCAGACUUACUAAAGGAGCCGUGAUGUUUGUUUAUUCAAUGAUUGAAGAAACAAUUUCUGCUCCUACAGAAAGAAAUCAUGUUAUAAUGCCGAUUACUCGUCUACUAUUGACUUUGAGAUAUUAUGCAACAGGAAGUUUUCUCACAGUAGUCGGUGAUUUCUCUGGUGUCAGCAAAGCUUCUGCCAGUCGCAUUGUCACCUUGAUUUCACAGGCUAUUGCACAGCUCCGUCCUGAGUUCAUCAAAUUUCCAACCGAUACUCAAGAAAUACAGCAAGAGUUUUACAACAUAGCUAAAUUUCCAAGACUCAUUGGCGCUAUUGAUUGUACCCAUGUUCCUAUAAAAUCUCCAGGUGGAGACAAUGCAGAAGAAUGGAGAGACAGAAAGUCACAGUUUUCUUUUAAUGUUCAAACUGUAGUGAGUGCAAAGUUGAAGAUUUUAGACAUAGUGGCUAGAUGGCCAGGAGCAGCACAUGACCAAACAAUUUUCAACAAUUCAUUCCUAAAACAAAGACUGAUAAAUGGAGAAUUUGGAAACCUUUUGAUUGUUGGUGAUAAAGGCUAUGAAAAUACUUCAUACCUUCUAACUCCACUCCAAAACCCCACGACUCCAGCAGCACAUCUAUAUAACGAAUCUCAAAUUCGAAGCAGAAAUGUGGUGGAAAGGACAUAUGGUGUUUGGAAAAACCGGUUCCCCAUUUUGUCAAAAAAGAUUUUGCUUCAUGUAUCUCGUGUACAAGCCGUGAUAGUGGCAUGUGCGGUGUUGCACAAUAUUGCUAUUGAUAUGCGAGAUGAACAUUUUGAACUACUACAACAAGUAGAUGAACCUGCUGAUGAUAUUGAUCAAAGCGCAAUUGACAACGUGGGAAAUGCAAGUGUGCGAAGUAAUCUUAUUAGUGAUUAUUUUGCUUUAUUACUAUAAUAUUUUAUAAAUUACAAAAUUUUUGAGAUAAAUUAAAUAAACAUUCAAUGCUUUUAUUAAAAUAAAAAUACAAAUUUUUAUUACAAUACAUCCUCGCUCCAGGCACAAAAUCGAUUAUGUUUCUAAUUUAUUUAACAACAUAUUUUUUUCUAUGGCCCAUAAUUAUCUUUUAUGCUCUCUUUCUUCCUCUUCAAAUGCCCAUUGCUUUCUCUUAUUUAGAAGCUCUACCUCCAGAAUCUUCUUUUGCAGAUCCGCAAUCUCUAAUUUUGAAUCAGCAACUUUUUCGAAUGGCCUUUUCAUCUUCGGAGUAGCUGAAAAUAGAUUGAUUGGUUAGCCGUGUGGUGGCAGCAAAGACGAGUAGUACCACCCAAUAUUUGCUUGUGGGUGUCGAUGAAAGCGACUUAGGGCUUAUCCGCGAGUUUUAGAUAUAGCGUGGUGACUAUGGGCAAAACCUAAUAAUGAAAUAAAUCUACUUUAAUACAAAUAACUUACAUAAAGCGGGAUGUUUUUUGGAACGUAGAGAUUUUGGCUUCCAGUUGGUCCACUUUUCAAUUGCCAAUUUUUUUGGGGUAGCACUACCACAUUCACCUGAAGUGAAACAUAAAAGGUAAAGUCCGACUAACUUACCAACAACUCUGAGGCAUAACAAUUUGAAGCAUUACUUACUUAUUUUUCUUUUUGGAGGUUGCUCCUCAUUAGAAUCUUCCUUCUGUGUACAAACGUCUGCCUCAACUGAAUGGAUAGAUUCUCUUUCUAAAAUUAUAUCAUAAUAUGUA